UACGAGUAUUUAAUUAGCCCCACGUGUAGGGUGUAGGGCCACGCGGCGAAGCUCUGAGGCGCGGCCGAGCCAAGCAUGGCGACCUGUGGCCUCCUCCCCUCACUAGCUGCGGCCAGCGCCAUUCGCGCCACCUACACUAACCACCCGCUCCCCUGCCGCCGCCGCCACUCGCCUCUGGACCGCCGCUCCCCGUCGAAGAUGGGCGCCCGCACCUUCCACGUGUCGCAGGCCGCCGACCCGCAGCCGCUCCUCCGCCCCGCCGCCGCGGGACACCCCAGGCUCCGCGUGCGGGCUCACGCGCAGGGCGAGGGCGAUGAUGCCGGACGUGGCGCCGCGGCGGAGGGGGAGGCGGCUGCGUUCUCGUGGGCAUCCGUCAUCGUCCCGUUCUUGUUCCCUGCAUUGGGCGGUCUCCUUUUUGGUUAUGACAUUGGCGCAACCUCUGGAGCAACGAUCUCUUUGCAAUCUGCUGAUCUCAGUGGCACCACUUGGUUCAGCCUGUCAUCUGUGCAACUAGGCCUUGCGGCAAGUGGUUCACUUUAUGGCGCUCUUGGUGGCUCCAUUCUUGCAUACCGCAUUGCAGAUUUUCUAGGAAGGCGAAUAGAAUUGGUCACAGCAGCUAUGUUAUAUAUUUUAGGUGCUUUGGUCACCGGAUUUGCCCCUAAUUUUGUAGUUCUGAUCAUAGGUCGUCUCCUUUAUGGCAUUGGUAUUGGUUUGGCAAUGCAUGGUGCCCCUCUUUAUAUUGCAGAGACUUCUCCUCCACAAAUACGUGGAACAUUGAUAUCUUUGAAGGAGCUAUUUAUCGUGUUAGGAAUACUGUUUGGAUACCUCAUAGGGAGUCUUGAAAUUGACACUGUAGGAGGAUGGCGGUACAUGUUUGGUUUCAGUGCUCCGCUUGCAGCUAUAAUGGCCAUUGGUAUGUGGACUUUACCACCUUCACCAAGAUGGCUUCUUCUCAGGGCAGUGCAAGGAAAGGGAUCUGUGGAAGAUAAUAAAAAGAAGGCAAUUCAAGCCCUGAGAACACUGAGGGGCCGCUCAGCAAGCGACAAGGUUUUGGCAGAUGAUGUUGAUGAUACCAUUGUCUCUAUUAAGGCUGCCUAUGCAGAACAAGGAUCCGAAGGAAACAUUUGGGAGAUAUUUGAGGGAGCUAGCUUAAAGGCCUUCAUCAUUGGAGGAGGGCUGGUUCUCUUUCAGCAGAUAACAGGCCAGCCAAGUGUUCUAUAUUAUGCCGCUUCCAUUCUUCAGACUGCUGGGUUCACAGCUGCAUCAGAUGCUGCUAGAUUGUCAAUUUUGAUUGGGCUGUUCAAGUUGCUGAUGACAGGUGUUGCAGUAUUUAAAGUUGAUGAUAUUGGAAGGCGCCCGUUAUUGAUAGGUGGUGUUGGUGGAAUUGCUCUUUCACUCUUCCUACUAGCCGCUUACUACAAAAUUCUGAACAACUUCCCCUUUGUUGCUGUUGGUGCUUUACUUCUAUAUGUGGGCGCUUACCAGGUCUCAUUUGGUCCAAUUAGUUGGCUAAUGGUGUCUGAGAUCUUUCCACUCCGAACAAGAGGACGUGGGAUCAGCCUCGCAGUAUUUACAAACUUUGGCUCAAACGCAUUGGUGACAUUUGCAUUUUCACCCUUGCAGGAGAUCCUUGGGCCAGCCAAUAUUUUCUUCCUGUUUGGGGCCAUAGCGUUGCUGUCCCUCGUGUUUGUGAUCCUCAAUGUUCCUGAAACAAAAGGCCUGAGCUUGGAAGAGAUCGAAUCUAAGAUCCUGAAGUGAAAUGGCAAGGUCAAGGCCGUACAACCCAAUUUCAGACUUGAAAGCUCGUUGCUAUUUUCAAACCGGCCGCUCACAGGAUCAGAGUGCAUCAAAGUUUCAGACUUUCAGCAUAUGUACACAUGAUACAUCUCGGUGUAAAGUUUUCCUAUAAUCUUUUGCUCUUCGUGCAACUGGUAUUUUUGUACAUGCAUUUGUACAAGUUGUCCACUGUGAUCUCGUUCCGAAGCAGCUGUGACUGUUGCGUACUUGUGUCCAUGCUGUAACAUGCACGUCACUGUUAAAAGCUGGUCAGCUGCCGUGCUGAGGAGGACGUUGGUCAAUCGUUGA